ACAUAAUAAUGAAAACCCUUUCGAACCUUAAACCAUAUUUUUUUGGUAAAAAUGGGGUGUGACAACUAUUUGUUGAUUUUAGCUUUGUCUGUUGUUUAUUAUUUCUGUUACUAUAUCGGAAACAACCACUCUACUGUGAGGUAGAGGUAUGCGUACAUUUUUCCCUCUUCAGAGUUCCAGACCUCAUUUUGUAGGAUGACCUACAUUGAGUAUGUUGUUGUUGUUUUACUUUGUUAAUUGGAUGACUGAUUUUGCACACUGACUAGAGAUUCGGUGGCAUGAUUUUGAAGUUUCUAAUUGUUAAUUCAAAGUAAACUGUGUAUUCUCUCUUUAAAUAAUCAAAAUGUAUGACUAUUUCUUCCAUAAUGUGUCAUUUGUUGUGAGGAAUAGGUCUUAGUCAACCCUUCAUGGAUUGUGUUUAAGUUGAGGCAGCUUCUGUCCCUUGUAAAUUUAUUACAUUUUCCAACAACAAGAUUGUUCAUCUUCAAAAUCAUAUAACACAUACUUGAUACUUUUUCGAUAAUCGCUGAAACAAUUCUUUUCAAGCUCGCUGCUGAAAUCUUGAAAAGCUUGGGUUUUCUUGCUGCUGAAGAAGUAGGAUCCAUUUACGGACUAUGCAAUGAGCUUCAAAAUCUUUCUGCUACAGUUUCUUCUAUCCAAGCUGUACUCAUCGACGCAGAGGAGCUACAGGGGAGAAGUCAUCAGGUUCAGGACUGGAUAAUGAGGCUUAAAAAAGUGUUCUUUGAGGUUGAUGAUCUUUUGGAUGACUUCGCCACUGAAAUUAUGCAUCGAAAAUUGGUGGAUAAGAUAGGCAUCUUCUUCUCAAAAUCAAAUCCGAUGAUUUAUAAUUUUAAGAUAAGUCAUCGUCUCAAGGCCAUUCGACGAGACCUAGAUGUAAUUGCAAAAGAUAAGGCCUCCUUAAACCUAGUUGAAAAGAGGCAGCAACCUUUGCUUCCGGAGCCUUAUUCAGUCCAAUUGAAUUUGUAUAGACAGACUUAUUCAUUUGUUCCUAAAGGAGAAGUGAUUGGAAGGAGUGAUGAUAAACAGGAAAUUGUGGAUUUUCUUUUGGAUUCUGAGUUUGAAGAGAAUGUUGUGGUUAUAUCAAUUGUUGGCCUUGGGGGACUAGGAAAGACCACUCUCGCACAAUGUGUGUACAAUGAUGAAAUGAUUAAAAAGAACUUCGAUAAAGCAUUAUGGGUUUGUGUUUCGGAUGUAUUUGAAGUGAAGAUGAUUGCAGAAAAGAUCAUCGAAUCUGGAGGAGGAGAGCAGGCUAAUUACCUUCAACUAGAGGCAGUGCAAAACGAGCUUAGGAAAAUGCUUGAUGGGAAGAAGUAUUUACUAGUGCUCGAUGAUGUGUGUAAUGAAGAUCCCUUGAAAUGGUCAAACCUGAAGAAUAUGUUGAUUGGUUGAGCCAAAGGAAGUAAGAUUUUAGUGACUGCUGGUUCAGACAUGGUGUCAGAAGUUUUCGGAAGUGUUCAUCAACAUAAAUUAGGAGACCUUUCAAAGGAAGAAGCAUGGAGAUUUGAAUGUACCAACGAGCGCAAAAAUUUGACUUUGGUGGAAAUAGGAAAGGAAAUUGUGAGAAAGUGUGGAGGAGUUCCUCUUGCUAUAAGGUCAGUAGGAAGCCUACUACACCUCAAAAGAACGGAGGAUGAGUGGAUGUAUUUCAAGAAUCAAGAAUUGUCAAAUAUCACACGAGGAGGAAAUGAUCUAAUGGCCAUUUUGAGAUUGAGCUAUAAUUACCUUCCUCGGCAUUUAAAGAUAUGCUUUGCAUAUUGUUCCCUCUAUCCAAAGGAUUUCAAACUUAGAAUAUUUGAUUUGAUUACCAUGUGGAUUGCUCAAGGCUUUAUUCAAGCAACUAGUAGCAGCAGAGAUAAUGUGGAAGAUGUUGUAAAUUCAUAUUUCGUGGAUUUGUUAAGAAGGUCGUUCUUUCAAGAAACUGAAGAACAUGAAUCAUUUAUGCAAUUUUACAAAAUGCAUGAUCUUAUUCAUGAUCUCGCAAAAGAAUUUGCCGAUAGGGACUUUUUCAGCAUCACUAAAACAGAAGAUACAAAAGUUGUACCAGAACAAUCUCUCUAUGCUUCUUGUUUGUUCCAGAUUGAUGGUUCAUUGGCAUUUCCCAAUUCAUUCUACAGGAAGCAUAUGAAGUUGCGUACAUUUAUUUUUCUAAAUCGUUCUUCACUCGAUGUCCUUAGCAUUUCAACUUUAGAGAGAAUGAUUUCAAGUUUUACCGCUUGCGCGUCCUACAUCUAGGUCAACUGGAUAUAGAGUUUCUGCCUCAAUCUUUAGGUGGACUGAAGCAUCUAAGAUAUCUCUCUAUUUCUUUUUGGAGCAUUGUUGCUUUACCAAAUUUCAUCACAAAAUUGCAUAAUCUACAAGUUCUAAAGUUGGAUAAUUGCAUUAAACUCAAAAAGUUGCCAAGGGAUAUUUGGAGUUUGGUGAGCCUUCGACGUUUGGUAUGUGAAAGGUGCGACUCAUUAACCCAUAUUCCCCUAGGGUUUUUGCAGUUGACAAGUCUCAUGCAUUUCGAUUUUGAUGGUUGCUCAUCCCUGGAAGAUAUGCCACCUGGAAUUGGUCAAUUGACGUCUCUACGGACGUUGACAAGUUUUAUCAUACGCUAAGAAAGUUGCACAUCUGGCCAGGCAAGUGACAAGUUGAAUGAAUUAAAAGUCCUUGUUGAUAUGGAAAUGACAACGGAAACACGAAAUUACACUCCAAAUCAGUCCACUAAUCUUAAUGAUUCGAGGACCAAGAUGGAGACCACACUCGGAUUCGCUACCAACAACAAGAGUACAAGAUACAAGGGUAUAUUUCAACACCAAAACAGCUAUAAAACGGGAUGAACAAUAUCAACAACAAUAACAC